CAAGGCCCCCAGAGGCGAGCUAGCCGCCAUGUUGUGUGUGGGCAAGGCCCCGCGGCCUGGGUCGCACGGUAACAAAUCGCCGUCCAGCUGCAGGUCCCUGCGACUCCGCAUCGCGGGGCGGCUCGUUGUGCGAGCACCGCCCGCUCCGCCCCUCGCCUGGAGACUGGGGCGCUCCGGCCUCGUCUCCGUGGCGGCGUGGUCAGGUCACGUGACCCCGCAGCCGCGGGGCGGGGAGCCCGGAAGCGCCUCUGAUAACAGCCGGGAGCGAGUGCAAUUCCUUAACCCAGGCUCCCUGUCAACACCUGUUAGGUACACUCCCUGCCUCUUCUGCCUUUGUUUACGCUGAUCGCUUUCUGCCACUGAGACAGAUCUGGAGUGAAAAGUGAAAGAUGCUGCUGUUUUUCCGUAAAAGGAAACCCAGUGAUGCGGCCCGGAAGCGCCUUGAAUACCAAAUGUGCCUGGCAAAAGAAGCUGGUGCUGAUGACGUUCUUGAUAUAUCUAAAUGUGAACUCUCUGAGAUUCCUUAUGGCACUUUUGCAACAUGUAAAGUUUUGCAAAAAGAGGUGCUGAUUGUUCAUACAAAUAAUCUAACAUCUCUGGUUCCAAAGUCCUGCAGUCUCCUGAAUCUCAUAACUGUGAAGGUUUUAGAUCUCCAUGACAACCAGCUGACAUCACUUCCUGAUGAUAUUGGCCAGCUGACACAUCUCCAGGUCCUAAACAUUGAAAGGAAUCUCUUAAAAUUUAUUCCACGGUCUAUAGGGGACCUCGCCCAGCUCCAGACCCUCAAUUUGAAAGGAAAUAAGCUGAAGGAGCUGCCUGCUACCGUGGGUGACCUGCGCAGCUUGCGCACCCUUGAUGUCAGUGAGAACCUGCUGCGGAAGUUGCCCCAGGCGCUGGCUCACAUCCGCACACUGGAGACUCUGACGCUGGAUGCUUCGUCCAUGACGUACCCGCCAUAUGAUGUUUGCAGUGCUGGCACAGAGUCUGUCCAGCAGUUCCUGUGCAAAGAGUCUGGAAUCAAAUACUGCCCUCCCUCCCAGUAUCUGCUUCCGGUGCUGGAAAGUGAUGGAGGAGAAACAUCAGUGGAUGGUGUCAACAGGCGUGUGCAUAAAUACAUGGAGGAAGACAGUGAGUGGCAGAACAAAUUCUUGGAUUAUGAGAAGAGGAAGGAAGAGAAGAUGCUGGAGAAGCUGGAGUUCGAGCGUCGCCUGGACAUGGGGCAGAGGGAGCAUGCUCAGCUUCUUCAGCAGAGCAGCAGUCAGAAGGAGGAGAUUCUGCAGACUGUGAAGAAGGAGCAGGUGAGGCUGGAGAAAGGUCUGACGAAGCAUCAACGCAACCUGGAAGGAGAGCACCUGAAGCUGCUGGAGCAGUUGAAGCAAAUGGAGCAGGGCAUUGCCAGCCGAAUCCAGAAGCUGCUGGAGGAGAAUCAGAGGCAGAAACAAAGUUCAGAACUUUUGAAAUCCCUGGAGAACGAGAGAAUAAGGAUGGACCAACUGAUGGCAGUAACGCAGGAGGAGACAGAGCAGCUACACAGAAAGGAAGUGGCCUCUGCCAUGCAACAAAUGCUGGCUGAGAGCUACAAGAACAAGCUCAUCUACAUGACCUCCGAAUCUCGCCGGCAAGACCUUGUGAACCAGGCCUGCUCCAGCCUGGCAGAGAUGGAUCAGAAGUUCCAACAAAUCCUGGCUUGGCAACAGCUAGAUCAGAACAAGGCCACUAGUCAGAUCCUGCAGGAGAGUGAAAUGCAGAAAGCGGCCUUUGAAGCCCUUCAGGUGAAGAAGGAUCUCUUGCACCGGCAGAUCAGGAACCAGAUUAAGUUAAUAGAAACAGAGUUAUUGCAGCUGACACAGCUGGAGUUAAAGAGGCAAGAACUGGACACAGAGACACUGCAGGAGAUGAUCACAGAGCAACGCCGAGCCCUGAGCUAUAUGCUGCAACAGCUGCUCAAGGAGAAGAAGCAAAGGGAAGAGGAACUGCAACAAAUUUUGAUCGAGAUGGAGGCAAAAAGUGAAACGAAGCAGGAGAACUACUGGCUGAUCCAGUAUCAGCGCCUGCUGAACCAGAAACCUCUCUCACUGAAACUCCAGGAGGAGGGCUUGGAGAGUCAGUUGAUAAACCUGCUAAUUGAGCUGUCAGCUGAACAGUACGUACCAAUCUUUGCCCAUCAUCGGCUGUCGCUGGAAAUGCUCAGCACCAUGACCCUCAGCGACCUGGCAAAGAUUGGAAUAACAGAAACUGGCCUGCAGCGUGCGAUCCUCAGGCGAGCCCAGGAGAUCCUGGCUGUGGCUAAAACAAUCCCAGAGCUGCUGACGAGCACUGAGACCAAGGUCCCUGCAGCCCCAGAACCGAGCGCCCCCCCUGAGGAAGUUCUCCCUUCUGUACCCCAGCUGGAGCUGGACGAGAUUAAGUCCGAGUGCGUGGUCUGCAUGGAUCAGGAGGCCCAGAUGAUCUUCCUGAACUGUGGCCACGUGUGCUGCUGCCAGACGUGCUGCGAGGCCCUGCGCAUCUGCCCCCUCUGCCGCAAAGACAUCGUGCAGCGCGUCCGCAUCUUCCACAGCAGAUAGCCAGGGAGCAGCUGCUGGGCUCUUGGGGCUGGAGGUGCCAUCAGCUGGGAAUGCCCGCUGCCCGAGGCUCCUCAGAGGUCUGGGUGGGUGUCAAAUCUGCUCAUCCCCAUGCCGCAGUAUAUCAACCACCUCUCCCAAUGUGAUGUGUACACUUUGCACUGGCUCAGAGCCUGUGAGGCUGCUUUGGGGAGGACUGGAAUGUGCAGUCCCCUCCUGUCCUCAGGUGGUAACUCUGGGGUUGAAUGUUCUUGUACGCUCCUGUAGGCAUGGCUAGCAACACCCCUCUUUCCCCCACAGUAACCCCUGCAGUCAUCCCCUGUGCUAUGCAGAUGGAAGCGGACUCUGCUGAGUGACUCAUGGGAUGUCUCAAGUCCCCCUGAGUGUCGGUGGAUUUCUGCCUCCCUUGCCUUUGCGCGGCCCUCUCUGUCUGUGUGCUCCCAAGACACCUGUGGGGCUGAAGCCCAUCCGCAGCCUGUCUAAUGUAUUUUUGCCUUCAUCAA